AUGGCGUCGCUCAACUUAUCUCCACCAAAUCAGCUGGGUGACAGCUCCGCAUCAGGAUCAGAGCGAUCCUCCGAGGCAUCGACGAGCUACAAGAGUAAACUGCCGGACAAAAAGACAUUCAUCGCAACACUUUCAGGUGGUGCGUUUAUCGUCGGUCUCACAGGUGCGACCAUCUACGGACUCCGAAAGGCAAAGUUGCAAGCCCUGAAAGAGGCGCAGGAGCUGGCUGAGGCGUCGAUUGCAUCGACACAAUCUGGAUCGCUUGCAAACUCAACCGCAUCUACAGUGGCUGCUAAGCCUGCGGUCCCAGCUGCGCUGAGAGCAAGAAGUACAGCAGGGCGCCCAGCAGCGGAGGAGGAUGAGGGAGAGUCAACAAGCGCUCUGGCACUGUUUCGUCAAAUGAACAGUGCCAUUCUCAGCCCAUCAAAGCGUUCGAACGUUGGAUCGAAUACCUCGAUUGGCACCGCGCCAACAUCAGUGUUUGACGACGAGACGGGAGCACUGCCGAGCGUGCUUCGUAGGCGAAAGACCAAACCAACACCGAGCUUGAGCAGCCGCAUCUCUGCCACUGAUUCAGAAGCCUCCGCAGCAUCAGCAGCAGCGGCGGCGGCGGCGGCGGCAGCUACGAUGCCGAACCCCAACGACGCAAAGAUUGACUACAGCGAGAUGGACUCGACGCUCGACUUUCUCGGGCUAUCCACACCCGUACCUGCUGAAGAGCAGCGCAGAAUGAAGGAGAUGGAAGAGAAUGCGAGCAACGAUGCGGCACCGAGAGGCUUUUUCCAGUCGCCGGUGGGACUGUCGCUGAAGGCCUUUUUCAUCGCCACUACGAUGGUGACGUUUUCGACGCUGGCCACGGUGGAAGCAACCAAAUGGGCGUUGGGUGUCGAGACGAUGGACGAGUUCGUAGUGGCGAUGACAAAAUUAAUCCCGAGCAGGCAGAGCAAGGAGAAGUCGUUGGCAGAUGCUGCACCACACAUGCGAGUCCAACGCGACCAGGCAGACAUUUCUUCCGUAGCUGCGAACGCAGGCAGCAGUUUAGCAGCCAAACCCAAGUCGGUCGACGAGGCACUCACCGACUUGAGCAACGCAUCGAGUUUCGAAGAGUGGGUGUCUACGCUCAAGGCGCAGCUCGACACGGAAAGAGACUUUGAAGUGCAGCGACGAUUUGCCGGAGUCGGCGCUGCGGCCUCCAACGAUUCCAUCUCCACGUCUACCUCUCCCUCUUCCACGCAGUCUUACGCGAUUCACUCGCCGCUUGAGCUUGAAGACCUGCAACGCAACACGGCCGAGCCAGCAUCGUUCUUCCGAUCGGUGCUGGCCAUCUCGCCCGUGCUGCCGUCGACCGCGUUUGGACUGGGCCUCGUCUCGGGUGUGCUCACAUCGGGCAAACGCGCCGGGCUGGUGUUCAUGGCCGAAAACGCACAUCGCUUACCAGACACGGUUCAGGGAUGGUACUUUUACUCGAAGACAAAAAACUACAAGGUGCUGCUUGGUGCGGCCAAGGGCGGGCUCAGACAGGGUGCGAGGCUGGGCAUCUGGACGACGGGGUUCUGUUUUGCUGAGCGCUUCGCCGAGCUAACGAGAGCGUCGCUGCAGACGCAGUUUGCAUCGUCUGGCAGUGCAGUUGUACCCGAGGAGGCGAGGGAGGGAUUCAAGGUGCUGGGUCACUGGACGGAUGGUGCUCUGGCAGGUGUGGUGACCGCGGCGGCUGCGACGGCGCUGUACAGGCUGCCCAAGCCGUCGGCGACGAGAGUGUUUCAACUGGGACUGAUGGCGGGUGCGAGCACAGGAGGGAUUCGCGACUUGCAGGAGAGGUUGCUGCACAAAGAGAUCGGCGGGGUUGCCAGCCACACCUAA